AUCUUCCUCAUUUCCCUCUGACCCUUUCGCCCUAUCACAUUCACUUCUUCAACAUAUCAAUUCUCCGAUUCAAUUCAUCAUUCACGUUGGUGCCGAAUUACCUAGCACGGGCAUUCAUAUUCGCCGAUUCCCUUUUGCGUUCGGCCACACGAACUUUUUGCAAUCUGAGUUGGAACGACGAAACUGAAGGUGGAUUAAUUUUGUCUUCGGAAGAGAGAGAUAUGUAAUUUUAGAAAUCCAUCGAUUUGGAUCCAUCCAGCCACCGCGCGUAGAUGGCGUUGUGCAGACGCUUAUUCCACCGGAAUCCGCCGGACGGGCUUCUUGAGAUCUCCGACAGAGUUUUCGUUUUCAACAGUUGCCUUUCCACCAAUGUCAUGAAAAAUGACGAGUACAAGCUCUACUUGAACAACAUCGUAGCACAACUACACGACCAGUUCCCCGAUGCAUCGUACACGGUGUUCAACUUUCAUGAAAGAGAUCAACGACUUAGCCAAUUUUCAGACAUCUUAACGCAGCACGACGACGUGAUGGUUUUGGAUUACCCUCGUCAAUACGCAGGGUGUCCGUUGUUGCCUCUCAAGAAAAUACGUCAUUUCCUUCGAUUCAGCGAAAGCUGGCUGUCGAUGGAACAACAAAGCGUGUUGUUGAUGCACUGCGAAAGAGGAGGGUGGCAUGUUCUUGCUUUCAUGCUUGCCGGUUUUUUGCUCCAUCGAGGGCAGUAUACUGGGGAGCUGAAGACUCUUGAAGCGAUAUACAAGCUAGCUCCUAAUGAACUUCUGUGUGUUUUUCCCGGUUUGAAUUCGCUCCCUUCACAUCUUAGAUAUCUCCGGUAUGUUUCGAGAAGGAAUUUUGUUGGGGGGUAUUGGACUCCUUCUGCCUCGUCGUCGUUGGAUCUCGAUUGUUUGGUGCUUAGAGCGCUUCCGGUUUGCGAGAGGGGAGAAGGUUGCAGGACGGUUGUGCGUGUUUACGGUAAGGAUCCUUCGAAACCGGGCAACGAAAUGUGUAAGCUUUUGUGUUCGAGUUGGAAGACUGAGAGACUGGUACGCCAGUAUGCACAGGAAGCUGAGUGUGUGUUUGUGAAGGUAGAUCUUAGAUGUCGUGUACAAGGCGAUAUCGUUAUUGAGUGUGUCUACUUGGACGAGGAGUUGUUGGACGAACAGAUGAUCUUCAGAGUGAUGUUCCACACGGGAUUUGUGCCAGAAAAAAUUUUGAUCUUGAAGCGUGACGACGUUGAUAUUUUGUGGGAUGCCAGGGAUCGAUUUCCACGGGAAUUCAAAGCGGUGGUACUCUUUGCGAAUGCGAACACUGUUCCCCCACCUCUCACCGGUGGUGGUGAUCUAAACGAGUCAGGAAGUGCGCGCCACGAAGAAUUUCAUGAGGUGGAAGAGAACUUCGCCGUGGAUGCACCAGAAUGAAAUGGGAAAAUUUGAAAGUACUCCUAUUACAUCCAGAUCGAAGGUAUCUCAUUUAGAUCAUGCAUCAUAGGUUGUGAAAAUUAAAAGAAUAUGGACGUGCUAUCUUAACAACAUUGUAAGGGAUGAGAACCACAAGCAUGGUCAGAAGCUUAAUUCUAAUGACGAUUUCUGUGAAGGUAUGGUUGUGGAUGAUGUGAAAGUACUAGGUGGAUGACAAGAAGGAUAAAUGUUGCCUGGUAAGGUUGAUG